GCCUGUUCUCCUGGCUCUGAACAUGGCGAUCGAUUUUCUUUUUCUCCAGGGGCAUGUUUCCUUCACUUCGACACAGUAUAUGAUGUGGAAUAACGCUCUUUUGACGGCUCGCUCUCCUUGCCUCCAUUGCCACGUUCGUUUGCGAAUUUCUACUUGUACAAGAAAUCUAUCUAUUCACGAGAGACGAUGGUGACAGUUCCGAUUGAAAACAGCGGUCAAGUUGGCCUCAUUGUUGCGUCAUGCAUCUCAAUCUUCAUUGUUGCGGUUUCAGUAGCCUUGCGGCUAGUAGCCAAAUCAAUUAGCUCCGGAAUCGAUUACAGUGAAUACUGCAUUCUUGCAGCUCUGUUUUUCAACACGGCUCUGCACACAUGCUGCCUCCUUCUGGUAACACAUGGCGGCUUCGGUCUGCACGUGGUCGAUAUAUUUGCACGAUUUGGUCCUGAGACAGUCACAUUCUUUUUCAAAGGGAUCAUGGCUUUCGCCCUUCUCUGGAAUGCGACCAUCUGCUUCAGCAAACUCUCCGUUCUUUUGAUGUACACGGCACUGAUACCCGUACCCGCCAUGGUCAAGUGGGCUAGGGCCAUUGCUGCGCUCAUCAUCGCCUGGUGUCUCGCAGAUGUCAUGGCCGGUUUCCUGAUCUGUCGACCGCUAGCGAGAAACUGGGACAUGACGAUACCGGGAAAAUGUGGGAGUCAGCCAAAAUUCUACUUCGCCAUGGGUCUUAUCAACAUCAUCACGGACAUCGUCUUGAUCAUUCUUCCUAUGCCUUUCCUGUACAAUCUCCGCAUGGCGACAAAGAAGAAGCUCCUUGCUGCGAGUUUGCUCAGCAUUGGCAUCAUGACAUGGAUCAUCACCAUCUACCGACAAGUUGUCCUUCCUAGCCUGAACUUCGCGGACAUGACGCACGAAGGUGUCCUAGCCACUCUCCUCUCAGGCCUCGAACCUUCCAUCGCCAUUGUGCUCGCAUGUCUGCCUCUCCUGAGACCCUUACUCGGGAGAUCAAAUAAGAACAAGCCUUCGAGCUACGGAUACGGGAGCGAAGGUGGCAGCGGACUGUACUCGAAAAAACCGCACCGCAGUGGUCCCUUUGUGGAGCUGGACGAGGAGACUUCCGACAACGAUAACUCAUCCGAAGUGCGCCUGCAGCCCCUGAAGGGAGGAGAGCCGGUUGGAAAUAACCGGCAUGAGAUGGACACUUCUACCAUUGCUGUGGAGAGGAGGUGGGAGGUUACACACGAGGUUAAGGACCCGGCCGACCUGAGGUUAAGUAACGUCUAG